GCAAGUUCCGUACCCUGCCACAAUUCGCCUCCAUUUCCUAUAUCGCAAUCUCCCCUGUUGAUCUUAUCGGCCGACAGAUUUCCAUAGCAGUCAGUCUGUUUCUUGAAAUCAGAUAGUUAGAGAGACCUAUCCUCCUACCGACCCUUAUAAUUAUGGUACCGUAUUCGACACCGCUCGUUACUGGUAUUUCACGUCCUAAUCCGGCAAUCCUUUGUCCCUCUCCCAGGUACGAUUCGCCCCCCAGUUUCGCUCAUUUUCGGCUGGCACAUCUCUUUUCAGGUUAGCGUCUGGCUUUUUCUUGAGGCAUUUUCCUUCACUUCUAGACAAGACAAAAAAGUCAAGCGACCAAUUGAUAAUCGCUGUUUAGUCCAGCUUUCCGAGAGCAGCACACUCCUGUAUAAUGCCUCGAUUAUCAUCCUUGUUCCUCGCCUCAGCAACAGCUGCAUCUGUGGCCAUGGCAGCUGUUCAUGACCUGUAUUGGAAUAUUACCUAUGCCACAGCCAACCCGGACCAGCUUCAUAACAAAACUCAGGCCAUUGGUGUUAACGGUACUUGGCCACCACCACCGAUCGUUGUAAACCAAGGCGAUACUCUCACCGUUCAUGCGUUUAACGGCCUUGAAUCUGUGGGAACCACUCUUCACUCCCAUGGCAAUUAUUUCAAUGGUAGCAAUUACUACGAUGGCGCCGCUGCAGUCACCCAAUGUCCUAUUCCUCCAGGGGAGACACUUGUCUAUGAAAUCCCUGUUAAUGACCAGUGGGGAACUUAUUGGAUCCAUGGUCACUAUAAAGGCCAAUAUGUUGAUGGCUUGAGAGCUCCUCUUAUUAUUAUGCCUAAUGAGACCAACGAGCGAACGGAUAUCACGUGGGACGAAGACUUCACUAUCAUCAUGGGUGACUGGUAUCACGACACUAGUCCCUACCUUGUAUCCAGCUACUUUUUGAACUGGGUUAACCCUACUGGCGCUGAGCCCGUUCCUGAUUCCGUUACUUUCUACGUUAUGAACACCACAUCUGGCGAAUAUCUGAGCAGUAACGUGGCCCAAGGAGUGGAUGUUACUGCCGAUGUCAACAACAAUGCUGCUAUCCCCUUCGAGCCUGGAAAGAAGUACCGUAUCCGUUUCAUCAACAUGAGCGCUUUGUCCAUGCUCCAUAUCUACAUGGGUGGUCAUACCUUCGACAUUAUCGAGGUUGACGCCGUCGAUAUUGAGCCUUACCAGUCCGCCAACCUCACCAUCUCCGUCGCUCAGCGAUACUCUGUUUUGGUUGAGGCUCUUAACACUACUGACGCCAACUACGCAAUCAUGUUCUACCAGGACACUGACAUGUAUGAUACCGUCCCUGACACUCUCGCAGUCAAUAACUCGGUCACUCUCCAAUACGAUGCUUCAUUGGGACCUGCGGACAUGUUUAACAUCACCGAUGACACAUGGCCUAUUCUCGACGACACCCGAUUUGUUCCUUUACAAGCCAAGGGAAGUGCCGAAGCUGACGUGAGCUACGAGCUUGGAGCGUACUUUGACACUUUUGAUGAUGGAACUAAUCGUGCUGCCUUCAACAACGUCACCUAUGUCAUGCCCACCACUCCCAGUCUCUUCACUCAACUCUCCAUGGGAACCGACGCUUGGGAUACUCGUAUCUAUGGUCAGCAAACCCACGCCUUGAUGAUGCCUCAUCUCGAGAUGAUCGAGCUUGUCAUCGUCAAUUGGGAUACUGGCUACCAUCCCUUCCACCUGCACGGUCACGAGUUCCAGAUCAUGGGCAAGUCUUUCGACGUCACUUCAAAUGACAGCAGUAUUAACCCUCCUGUCUUGGAGAACCAAUCGAACCCGGCCAGACGUGACACUAUCAUGGUUCCUCCUGGAGGUUCUGUCCACAUCCGCUUCAGGGCUGAUAACCCCGGCGCUUGGAUUUUCCACUGCCACAUCGAUUGGCACAUGGACAGUGGUCUGGCCGUCAUCAUGAUCACCGAUCCCAGCUACUCUCAGUCUAAAUUAGAAAUCCCGCAGACCAUGAAAGACCAUUGCGCGUACUGGGGCUACAGCGCUACCGGUAACGUCGUUGGUUUGAACUCUACCACCGACUUCAAAGGUGAAGCGGUUGGACCUUUCCCUCUUGUCAUGGGUUGGACAACCAAGGCCAAGGGAGCUUUGGCUGGCUGUAUCAUUGCCGCCUUGGCUGGUUUCGCCUCCGUCGUUUGGUACGGUGCCGAACAUUUGGACGAAGAAGAGAUCGAGGCAGAGAUCAGGAGGAAGGCAGAGAUCAAGGCUGCUUCCGGUGGCAAGUUCGGAAUGAUUAAGAAGGUGGUGAAGAGGGAGUAAGAAAUGGUUUUAAUUUUUAUAGAAAAUGUGUCGGGCCUUUUUUUGUUUGACUGAUGUACAUUACAUAUGGAUACCUUAAUGCUUCCUUGCCGUUUGCUUCUAUUGAUUAGUGCGGGGUGCAAAAAGGCUUUUUUCCUCAGAUAUAAGAGACACUCCUAACUGAUGACUGACAAUCACAAUUUUAAACAGUAUUACCUUUACAUGUUACGACAUCUUCCUCAACGAUCUGGAAUCGACGCUCAGACUUGAAGAUUUCUGCGCCGGAUUCACCUCUCUCCUACCAUCAAAAUAACUUCCACCUAGAAUGGCCAUCGUCUUGGGCCUACUUGAUCUGGCCUAUUACAGUCUCCUCUUUGUGUUCCAGCAGUGGAUUCUUCGCUGUCGAUUUCGAGGUCGAAGGAGUCGCUGGUUGUAUUUGUCUCUGUGGUUGUAGAAUUAAAGGAUUCAGCUCUACCUCCAUUUCACUACCGCCUUCACCAUCCUCCUCGCCGGCGUCUUGGCUGUCCGCAGUGGUCGGAGUUCCCUCAGUAAGGGGGGGAGAGGGUGACUUUUCUUCCACUUUAUCCACAAAGCGGACUCCCCUCGCCAGUCUAGAGCUUUUGGCGGAUCGGGCCGAGUUGGUGCGCAAUACCGUCGCAAGGGAUGAGCGAAGAGGCUGUUGGAGAUUUGACUGAGAAUUGAGUGUCAUUGCACGUUUGCGCUGUGGAAUUUUAGGCGUAAGAGAUGCCUUGACUGCUGGGGAAGGAGGAGGCGCAGAAGCUGGAGACUCUUCAUCUACCUUAGAGUUUGCUAUAAGGUUCUGCCUGUUAUUGUCUAUGUGAGGCCUCGCUUUGUCGCUGCGAGACUUGGGAAGAGCG